AUGGAGGAUCAGAACGCUCCUCUUGGGCCUUACCGGGCCACCAAGCUGUGGAAUGAAGUAACCACAUCCUUUCGAGUAGGAAUGCCUUUAAGAAAACAUAGACAACAUUUAAAAAAAUAUAGCAAUUGCUUCACUGCAGGAGAAGCAGUAGAUUGGCUUUAUGAUCUAUUAAGAAGUAAUAAUAAUUUUGGUCCUGAAGUUACAAGACAACAGACUGUUCAAUUAUUGAGAAAAUUUCUUAAGAAUCAUGUGAUUGAAGAUAUCAAAGGUAGAUGGGGAUCGGAAAACCUUGAUGACAACAAUCAACUAUUCAGAUUUCCUGCAAGUUCUCCACUUAAAACUCUUCCACAAAGACAUACAGAAAUCAGGAAAACAAGCAAAGAGUACUUUUCCAAAGAUAAAGACAGUAUUUUUAAAUUACGAAAUUUAUCUUGUAAAACUCCUAAAAAGCGUGGAUUACAUUUCUCUCAGGAAAAUACAGAAAACAUAAAUCAUGAGAGGAUAAUCAAUGAAGACCAAGAAAACUCAGCUGACAACAGAGAAAUAAACCAGGAAGAUGUUGAAGAAGUUUGGAGAUAUAUUAUUAUGAUCUACCUGCAAACCAUUUUAGGUGUACCAUCCAUAGAAGAACUCAUAAACCCAAACCAAGUAAUCCCUCAAUAUGUAAUGUAUAACAUGGCUAACACAAAUAAGCAUGGAGUGGUUAUGCUACAAGAUAAAUCAGAGGAUCUUCCACACUGGGUAUUAUCUGCUAUGAAGUGCCUAGCAAACUGGCCAAGAAGCAAUGACACCAAUAAUCCAACUUAUGUUGGAUUUGAACGUGAUGUAUUCAGAACAAUUGCAGAUUAUUUUCUAGAUCUCCCUGAACCUCUACUUACAUAUGAAUAUUAUAAAUUAUUUGUGAACAUUUUGGUUCUUUGUGGCUACAUCACAGUUUCAGAUAGAACGAGUGCGAUACAUAAAAUCCAUGAUGAUCCACGGUCUUCAAAAAUCCAUCGUUUAAGUAAUUUGAAUUCCUUCAAAUCAACUGAGUGUCUUCUUCUCAGUCUGCUUCACAAAGACAAAGGCAGUGAAGAAUUGGAUUCUACUGAGAGACUGCAAAGAAGUGAUCAAGGAUUUCAAGAAAGAUGUGCCAAGAAAAUGCAGCUAGUUAAUUUAAGAAACAGAAGCGCUAGUGCUAAUGACAUAAUGGGAGGAAGCUGUCAUAAUUUAAUAGGCUUAAGUAAUACACAUGCCCUGUCCUCUAACAUCAAACCAAAGUGCUCCUCUUUGGAAGGAAUUAUAGAUAUGCCAGGGAAUUCAAAUAAAAAGGUGUCCAGUAUCUUCUACCAGUCUUUUCUGAACAUAGAAGAACAAAAUAGUAAUCAAUCUUUAGUGCCAAUGCCCAAACAGAAAUCUCUAUUUAAUCUUCACUCAGAAGAAAAUAUUCAACAACCAUACUGUGUUGGUUUUAAAAGAACCUCCGCUUUGACUCUUCAAGACCAAGGGGAGUUAUGUAAAGGAAAAUAUAAUUCAAAACAGCUUUGUAGAUCUCAGAGUUUGCUUUUAAGAAGUAGUAUAAGACAGAAUAGAUAUAUCAAUACACCUGUGGCUGAAAUUAUAAUGAAACCAAAUGUUGGACAAGGCAGUACAAGUGUACGAAGUGAGCUUGGAGAGUCUAGUACCACAAUCAAUAAAAGACUGUGCAAAAGCUCAGUAGAACUUUCAGAGAAUUCUUUACUUCCAGCUGCUUCUGUGUUGACUGGCACACAAAGUUUACUGCAACCUCAUUUAGAGAGAGUUGCCAUCAAUGCUCUACAGUUAUGUUGCUUGUUACUUCCCCCAUCAAAUCGUAGAAAGCUUCAACUCUUAAUGCGCAUGAUUUCUCGAAUGAGUCAAAAUGUUGAUAUGCCCAAACUUCAUGAAGAAGUAGGUACAAGAACAUUGAUGAUACAUACUUUUUCUCGGUGUGUGCUGUGUUGUGCUGAGGAAGUGGAUCUUGAUGAGCUUCUAGCUUCAAGAUUAGUUUCUUUCCUAAUGGAUCAUCAUCAGGAAAUUCUUCAAGUACCCACUUAUUUACAGACUGCAGUGGAGGAACAUCUUGACUACAUUAGAAAGGACCACGUUAAAAAUUCUGGAGAUGGGCAAGUUGUUCCUUUGCCAACAUUUUCUUACUGUAAGCAGAUUAGUACUCAAGAAUUUAAUGAGCAGAAAAUUUCAGCUUCUCAAGCUGCAAUUGAAGAACUUUUGGAGAAUAUUCUUAGAAGUAAAAGCUUGCCUAUAAAGGAGAAAAGAAGAAAACUGAAACAGUUCCAGAAGGAAUACCCCUUGAUAUAUCAGAAAAGAUUCCCGACCACUGAGAGUGAAGCAGCACUUUUGGAUGACAAGCCUACAGUCAAGCCACCAGUGCUGAAUUUAAGGAACCGAAAGCUUCACAGUCUGCGAUACUGA